GUCCUUCAACAAAACUCUGCGUUUUGUUGCCUCACCAAAAACCCGUAUCUCGUUCACUGGUUUUCAUUUUCAAAACCCCUCACUCUCUCAGCUGCCUCCACCUCCUCCAACCAAACACAAUCUCCGGCGGCUACAGCAUCAACGGCGAUCAAUCUCCGGACUCAUUUCGAUGGCCAGAUUGUAACUCCAACGUUGACUACGGGAAAAUUUGUGUCUCUUUUGCCUUAAUUUAUAUAAAAUAAAAUUCGGGGGAGAGUAUGGCGGCGUCGAUGUCCAGAAGGCUUUUACGUUCCUUUGGUUCCUUAUAUACGUUCGGCCGCUGUGAUUCUCCAAGUAUUACGUGUCAAUCGUUUCAUGGUUCUCAUGAUUUGUCCACAUUGGGAUAUUCAGGUCUUUUCAAGGGCGGGCCAUCUGUCCUUGCUAAUCGAUGGCUGUCAACUUCCAUUCUAACUCCUGAUUCAGGGGAAGGAGCAUUUCCCACAGAUUUAUUAUCCACCAAGCCUAUGGUAACAGCAGAACGUAGUAUAGGACUUUGUCAGGACUUGAUAAUUCCAGUGACAAAUUUUCACAAUGAAGACAAGGGCUUCAUGGUUUUAGCUGGUGAUGUUUUUGAUGUGCCUAUUAGAAAGGAUAUUGUGCAUCGUGUUGUACUAUGGCAGCUUGCAAAACGACAACAGGGAACACAUUCUACAAAAACCAUUAGUGAGGUUAGUGGCACUGGGAAAAAGCCAUGGCGACAGAAGGGUACUGGUCGAGCAAGGCAUGGAACAUUGCGUGGGCCCCAGUUUAGGGGCGGUUGUGUUAUGCAUGGCCCUAAGCCAAGAAGUCAUGCUAUCAAGCUUAACAAGAAGGUUCGGCGUCUAGGCCUGAAGAUUGCUUUGACAGCUCGUGCAGCUGAAGGAAAGCUUUUGGUUUUUGAUGAUUUGGAGGUUCCUAACCAUAAAACAAAGAAUAUUGUGAACUAUGUCACGCAAAUGGAGAACGCAAAAAAACUUCUUCUGGUGGAUGGUGACUCCAUAAAUGAAAAGCUGAAGUUGGCCACACAAAAUCUACAUUAUGUCAAUGUACUGCCAUCUAUUGGCUUGAAUGUCUAUAGUAUCCUGCUCCAUGACACUUUGGUGAUGUCCCGUAAUGCUGUAAACAAAAUUGUUGAGAGGAUGCACACUCCAAUUAACCGUUAAAGCAUCAUCCAUUCCAUAAAUUCUACUCCAAUUUUAGCUGAGAAUAGGUAUCAAAUCUCUUUGUAGAAGAAAAAGGAAAAGCCCAAACAAUAAUUGUAUGCUUUUUCCUGCCCAAAUAUGCAGAUGCAUGUCUGGACAUGUUGAUUUAUUUUUAUUUUUAUUUAUUUUGUUUUGAUCUUUUAUCUUUAACUAUAAUCCUUUUUGUUGAAUUUUGGCUAGUUUCAAUUAGAAUGGCCGGGAAACGUGGUUUCUAUACAGUGGCUAGUUACUUUC